UCGAGAAUAUUGUAAAUAACUUUGAUAACCAAAUUAGGAGAAUAUUUUCAGGGAUAAUUUGAGUAUUUUUAGUUCCCCGCUUGCUGGAAAAGAAUCAAAGACUCUUGUCGAAUAUAAUUUCGAAGAAUGGUAAAGCCGAGAAAGAAGAAAGCAAGCAAAACUAGGUCUGAAACUGAAAAUAGCUCCCAAUCGGUGGAACCAACUGACGAGAAUGUUAUGACUGAACGGAAACCCCAAGAAGAUAUUGCAGAGCCGGUUUUGUUGCCAACACCUCCCACAAUAUAUUUGGAUUCACUUCCGGAUUCAUUAAAAAAUCUUACGGGCAUUAAAGUCAAGAUCCAAAAUGAAGAAACUCAGCAUAUGAUAGAGUUCCUAGGAAACUUGUUGGGAAUUUUUGACUACAAGACCAACAUGAUAAGCUUUUGGUUUCUGGACACAAUAGCUCUUCAAGUCCUGCAAACUAAAGAACAAUUGACUGAUCAUUACCGGGGCAUUCUAAUCAGCUGGCUAGUAGGAGAGAUGAAUUAUAUCCGAGAGAAAAGAUGCUCAAGGGAAGAGUUCUUUCAUAACAUGGAGGAUGUGUUUUUGCAAAUGGAACAACGAUUGCUCGCUGGAAAACCAUUGUUCUAUUGGGAAGAAAUCAUGCCCGAAAAUAAAAUGGACGAAAUGAACGAAACAAUUCAUCGGAGUUCAUCCGUUUUAAAAAAUCCAAAACGGCGUGUCAACUUGAAAGAUGAGAACAACAAACAUGGAGAGGACAGCAUUUUUAAACUGACGAGCAAUUCGAGGCGAGAAAAUAUGUCAAAGGGAGAAGGACUUGAAGAUAUUAUUCAGCUGUCGAAGGAAGAAAUUACAAUUGAUGUACAUAAUGUUUUGGACACAUUGAUAUCGGCGACAUACGACAUGUAUGGAAACGAAUUUCGCUAUGACCUGAUCCAAACUGUUAUUGUCGAACCAGUGGAAGUACAUACAUACAGAAUUCCUUACACCUUUAGAAAACCGAGACCUGUAAAGAUAACUGAAAUUGGAGAAACAUUACAAUUAUCAAUACAUCAGACGUUAUCGCAACUUCAUACAGAAUCACAGGAAAAUAAAGUGAAAAAACCGAAAACUAAUAAAGGUAAAACAGCAAGCAAAAAACAAGUUAAAAAGAACUCCAUUAUGGAAAUCGUACCUCCACCGCCAUCAUUAACAGACGAAGAACUUUUGCGGAAGAAACGAGAAUAUAUUUUGCCUUUGAUGGACGCUAAAGAGGCAAGCGACGUAUUAAAAAUGUUUGACGAUGUUUAAAUAUUGCAAAAACGUAUGAGUAUAAUAAACGGAA